AACCCUGCUACCCCUAGAAUAACGUUCCUUAUAGAGACAUGUAACCAGGUAUCUGCAAUAGAACCCAUGAGAAACAAGGCGGUACAGUAGAUAAUCAAUCCUAUUCAGCAACUUUAGUUCAUGUCCUUUACCUAUUUUACAUCUCGCCCAAUGUAUCUAUUUUUCUCCCGUUUACUUAUGCACGGGGUUUCCAAAAGGUUUCCACCACAACCGUUCUUUUCAUUUUGCCUUUAUAUUUUCUUUGCGCGCUCAUUCACUCAAUUUCACAUUAUAGUUUUUCGUUUGCUAUAUUAAACACACACUCCCACUCACGCUCACAUCACGGUCCGCCAACAUGGAAGAGAUACCUGUCAUUCUGGUCACAGCGGGCUACGACCACACAAUCCGAAUGUGGGAUGCGCUCAAGAGCACAUGCACACGAACAAUCCGUACACCGACACGCAGUCGCGGGAAUCCGCGUGUCAGCCUGUACGAUGUCUUCGGGACCUCCGAGGCGCCAGUGCUCAGCCUCGAGGGCCACACGGCCAACGUCACGGCGGUCGAGUUCACGCAAGACCACAAGUUCCUGGCAACCAGCAGCGAGGACAAGACCAUCAAGUGGUGGGACGUGUACGCUGGAAACUGCAAGCGCACAAUGCAGAAUGGGUCGAUCGUCAACGACAUCGCGGUCCACCCGGAUAAUCGCCAGGAGCUGAUCAUCUCGUGCGACCAGAGCGGCGCCGUGCGCGUGUGGAGCUGGCGGCGCGAGGAGAUACUGUGCCAGGACGUUCCGCAGCCCGACGUAGCCAUGCGGUCGGUGGCCGUGUCGCCGAACGGGCAGCUGGUCGUUGCUGGCAACAACCUGGGCCAGGUUAUUGUGUACCGCCUGAUCAUCGAGUCACUGCCGCAGACCGGCCGCACCGUGGAGCUGGUGCCAUACAUCAACUUUGACGCGCACGAUGGGUACAGGAUUACGCGUGUGGUCUUCAGCUCUAACGGCCGGUUGCUUGCCACGUGCUCGUCGGACCACUCGGCCAAGCUGUGGAAGUUCACUGAGCGCCCGAUCAUGGUGGGCAACGGCGUCAGGGAGGAGAUCAUACAGGCGGGCGCCGAGCUGGUGCACUCGCUCAACUACCACUCACGCUGGGUGUGGGAUGCCAGCUGGUCGAGCGACUCUGGGUACCUGGUCACCGUGUCGACAGACAUGCGCGCCGCGCUUUGGGACGUGCGCACCGGAACCGUCAUCCGCGAGUUCAAGGGCCACCAGAAGGGCGUCGUGUGCGUUGCCCUGAACGACGCUGCCACCUGAGCUAACGCACACAUACGAUGUAUUUAAAGCGUAGUUCAUUGCAUGUUUUGUUAUAAUAGAUGUGGCUCUCUUCGUUCCACUUUUUUUU